AUGUUACAGGGAGAAAUGGACAGCGGUGAACCGUGGCCACUGGAAAGCCUCGUUGAUGGAGCAAGACUUCAUGUUCGGAUGACAGGGUCUGGCGAGUACAGGGAAGCUGAAAUUUUAUCGAUACGUUUCGAUGCAGAUAAGAAGUACCGUUUUUAUGUACAUUAUUUGGAUUGUAAUAGGCGCCUUGACGAAUGGGUAGACGAAACUGCGUUGGACUUAAACACUGUUCGCUUUCCUCAAAAGGGAAGUAAAUUACAAAAAAGCCAACUAGAUACGGCUUCGAGAGAUGUGCCGAAAAAAGGAGGCUCAAGAAGGAAGAAGCAGAUUCCUGACGCUAUGGAUUACCUAAAAGUUGAGGAACCGUCUACGCGUGCUUCUUCUCCUUUUCCUACGCCAAGUCAACGUGGUUCUAUGUCUAUUGUUGGUCAUAGUGAAGAUGCUUUGACGAGGAUUCGAAAUGUAGAGAUGAUUGAACUUGGACGUUAUCGCAUACAGCCGUGGUACUUUUCCCCUUAUCCCCAGGAACUUGUUUCUUUACCCUGUAUUUAUCUUUGUGAAUUUUGCCUUCAGUUCCUCAAAAGCGCUACGUGUUUAAGACGUCAUUUGGCCAAAUGUACUUUAAAACAUCCUCCUGGAAACGAAAUAUAUCGCUCUGACUCUCUUUCCUUUUUUGAAAUCGAUGGAAGGAAAAAUAAAACAUAUGCACAAAAUCUUUGUUUAUUAGCCAAAUUGUUUUUGGAUCACAAAACGCUGUAUUAUGACACGGACCCAUUCUUAUUUUAUGUAAUGACAGAGCAAGACCAGAGCGGGUUUCACAUUGUCGGGUAUUUCUCGAAGGAGAAGGAAUCUGCUGAAGAAUAUAAUGUCGCUUGUAUAUUAGUACUUCCACCGUAUCAGAAAAAGGGCUAUGGACGGCUUCUAAUUGAAUUCAGUUAUGAGUUAUCAAAAUGUGAGGGCAAAACCGGUUCACCUGAAAAGCCUCUGUCGGACCUUGGUUUACUCUCCUAUAGAAGCUUUUGGUCGCAAACUAUAAUUGAGAAAUUGGUAAAAAGACGAGAGAAACGUGAUAAUGGAGAGCCAGUAUGUGUGUCGGUGAAUGAUUUGAGCGAAGAGACUAGUAUACGAAGAGAAGAUAUUAUAUCCACUUUGCAGCAUUUGAAUCUGUACAAGUAUUAUAAGGGGCAGUACGUUAUUGUGCUCAGUAAUGAGCUGAUUGAGGCUCAUAAUCGUAGGCUACAAGAGAAACGGCAAAUCAGAAUUAAUCCUGCUAAAUUGCACUUCACUCCAAGAGAUUGGUCAAGGCGAAGAACUUGA